AGCUCUGAGCUGCUCAUGGAGGCUCUGGGGUGGGGAGCAUCCCUCUUCCCCCCAGCAGUGGUGGAGUUGGAUGGGUACAAUGGUUCCCUCCCUAAUGGAGACAGAGGACGUAGGAAAAGCAGGUUUGCUCUUUACAAGAGACCAAAGGCUAAUGGAGUCAAACCCAGCACUGUUCAUGUGAUAUCAACACCCCAAGCAUCUAAGGCCAUCAGCUGUAAAGGUCAGCAUAGUAUCUCUUAUACAUUAUCCAGAAACCAGACGGUUGUUGUGGAGUAUUCACAUGAUAAAGAUACAGAUAUGUUUCAGGUUGGGAGAUCAACGGAAAGCCCUAUAGACUUUGUAGUAACAGAUACAAUUUCUGGCAGUCAAAACAAUGAUGAAACUCAGAUCACACAAAGCACUAUAUCCAGAUUUGCAUGCAGGAUUGUCUGCGAUAGGAAUGCACCAUAUACAGCGAGGAUUUUUGCAGCAGGAUUUGACUCUUCUAAAAACAUAUUUCUUGGAGAAAAAGCAGCAAAAUGGAAAAAUUCUGAUGGGCACAUGGAUGGAUUAACAACCAAUGGCGUUCUGGUCAUGCAUCCGAAAGGAGGGUUUACCGAAGAGUCUAAACCUGGAGUGUGGCGGGAAAUCUCAGUCUGUGGUGAUGUAUAUACUCUACGAGAAACCAGAUCUGCUCAACAAAGGGGAAAGCUAGUGGAAAAUGAGACCAACAUCUUACAAGAUGGCUCUCUCAUUGACCUGUGUGGAGCCACUCUUCUGUGGAGAACAGCGGAUGGUCUGUUUCACACACCAACUCAGAAACAUAUUGAAGCUUUGCGACAGGAAAUAAAUGCUGCCAGGCCACAGUGUCCUGUCGGGCUGAAUACUUUAGCGUUUCCCAGCAUUAACCGUAAAGAUGUGGUAGAAGAGAAACAGCCUUGGGCUUACCUUAGUUGUGGUCAUGUUCAUGGCUAUCACAACUGGGGACAUCGCAGUGACACAGAAGCCAAUGAGCGCGAGUGUCCUAUGUGCAGAACCGUUGGUCCCUAUGUGCCUCUUUGGCUUGGUUGCGAGGCAGGGUUUUACGUGGAUGCUGGUCCUCCAACUUAUGCUUUCACUCCUUGUGGACAUGUGUGCUCUGAGAAAUCUGCAAAAUACUGGUCUCAAAUCCCACUGCCUCAUGGUACUCAUGCAUUUCAUGCUGCCUGCCCUUUUUGUGCAACACAGCUGUCUGGGGAAAAUAACUGCGUCAAACUAAUUUUUCAGGGUCCAAUCGACUGAUGCCAUUUUACAAAUGACCACCAUAACAUUUUCUUUAACAAAUUACUGUGAAGAUUUUGCCACUAAUUCUAGAUUUUACCUUUUUUAUAAUACUGUUAUUAUUGGGGAAGGGGUGGGGAGGGGCCUGAUGGGGAAUGAAAUGGGGAUACAUUGAUACCUGGAACUUGACAGAUAUCAGUGGUGUUGCAUGCUCAUCAGCGGCAUAUUCAUGGAGUCUUCUUGGUCAAGUUGUAGUAUGUUUGUAAUAAUAUUUUUAUUAGUACCCUUGAUCAGAAAAAAAAAGUCUUAAUGAUUUUUUUUAAUCUUGAAUUUUUAAUGGACAUUUUUUUUCUUUUAAACUUUGACAAGCCUUUAAAAACCUACUCUUUUCAAAUCUAGAAGGAACAUACAGAAUGUAAUUUGUCUUUAAUUUGCAAUAUAACUAACUUGAAUAGUUUUUCAAAGAGCUAAUAUGGAAUGUGUGGGCCAACAUAGAAUGUGAAUGUUAACUAGACACAACUAUCAAUUUGGAUCAUUCGAGAAAGGUUAGCUGCAUAAAUUGUAGCAUACAUAUGCUAUUAAAUUGCCAGUUAUGGUAUAAUGCAGUCGGCCAAAAAGACAUCAAGGAUGACUUGAAACGGGAAUUCCUGUUUGCUUUGAUUUUCCUUCAGUGUAGUGGAUAUCCAGUGUUCAUUAUAUAUACUAUGAUCGAUCUUUUUUUUAACCUACAUUUUGUGAAAUUGAAUUACUUUUCCACAUGUAAAGUUGUUUAUACCUUUUUAAAGAGAGAAUUUCUGUAUAUUUGUAGUCCUGCCUUUGCUUUCUUCCUGCUUAAUGUAGCUUGCUCUUGCUGCUCACCUUGCAUGCUGGGAACUACUGGGUUAAUUUAAGAUGUAGCAACCCAUUAAGAAAUACAUUAAUGAAGAGGUAGCACUGCAGCAAUAGAAAAUAGGUUUAGGUGCUGUUUUACAGAAUUUAUGUACAUAAGCCUAAAUCCAGCAAGGCCAUCGUAAGCACAUGCUUAACUUUAAGCACACCAUUAGCCCUUUUGACUUCAUUAGGGCUUUAGGGUUGGCUGGAUUAAGGCCAUGCUGUCGUCUUCUGAAAUCAAAAUUGAUUUAAAAUAAGCUACUAGGAAUUUUUUUUGUAAAGAUCUCUUACACGCUACUAGCCAGAAUGCUGUGAGGGAGCGCAUCCUUCUAUAUUUAACUGUAGUUUUUGUUUGACUUACUGCCAUCUUUUCUUGCAGCUUUGAGAAGUGCUGGAAUCUAUUUUUUUAAAUGUUUGCAAAUCAAACAGAAUUCAUAUGUAAUAAUUAAAAUACAUUCAACAAAGCAUAUUGUUCAUCUACAGUAGAUAAUCUGAAAUUCCUGAUUUUUAAGAGAACAGAUAGGCGUUUAUUAGGGAAAUAAUAAUAAUUAAAUCAGAAUUUCAUGAGAGAUCUACCAUCCCACUCAGUUGUUUGGUUGAGAAUAAUAAUAAUCUUGCUCUCUAUAUUUUAGGUGUCUGAGAUAUCAAUCUAUCCAGGUUGAAAGACUUUGGGAGAAAAUCCUCAAAAGGUGAAACUGAUUAUCCAAAACUUUGUUCUGUUAAAGUGAUUACUAUAUCACUUGACAUUUGCUAUACUUGUGCCCUUUGUAUACAUACAUAAUUUAUAUGAUUUAAUAUAUUGUGUAUAUACUUGAAUUGGCCUGUUCAUAUUUUGAUUGUCAAAUUGUUUUAUAAUUAACCUUAUAAACAUUUAAAAUGUCCCUUGCCUAUGGUCGUGGGGCAUAUAUUAUUUUGUCUGCUGCUGUUUAAUAUAAUUUUGCUGGGUUAAAAAAAGUUUUUCAUUUUAAUAAUUUGAAACUAGCUUUACUGCUCUUUUAAACUUUAUUUUUAUUUUGCUGUAAAAAGUAGUGUUUGUUCUGCAGCUUUCCCUUUACAAAUCUCAAAUUGUACAGUUUGUUUGUCCCAUUUACUGAUUGGAAUUGGGACAGAUCUUGUUAGUCUAAACUAUACACUUCUUCCUAGUGCCUUUUCAAUGAGAUUCUUGUGUGAUUCUGUGUUCUAAGUCCUUAUUUUCACAAGGCAAGCUUGUGGUUAAUGGUACACAAAGGACAACUCAACUAGGCAGAAAAAAAAUGCCUUUCAGUUUCAUUUCUUUGCCAUGGUUUCUGACAUAAACAUAAGGAUGUAAAUACAGUAUAUCGUCCCUGGCUGUCUUCAGUAUAAAUUCCUCAGGUUCCAUGUUCUGCAGCAUUCGUUAUACUUAGCAUAUACCUCAUCUGUGAGAGGCAGAUUCUGCCCUAUUUUGUUGAACUGUGUCUGUUCGCUAGAGAUCUUUUGUCAUGAGAGGAUAUGAAAUCAGACUUUCAGGAAAUGUACAUUGUUGUCUCAAGGUCACAAGAUUUAACACUGGGCAGUAGGGAUUAACAGUGGUAGUUGGUAUGCCCUUGAUUUUGAAACUUUUUUGCAUUCACAGGACUACAAUAUGUGUCACACACUUGAGAUAGUUACUAUUGUGGCAAGCUUGAUGUUUAGUCUCCCUGUGAGAGUUAAUGGAUUGUAGUCAUAAAAGUUUCAAAGUGCUUCCAUAUCAAGCCUUUUUACAUUCCUCCUUUUCCAUUAUAAUCUAGAUGUGGGAGCAGAUGUCCCCCCCUCCCCCGCCCACACACAUCCCUUGCCCAGCCACGUACGCCUGUACAAAGUGGGUGUAAAAUGCUGCUGUUUUGCACACUCAUCUUGCCAUGACUACACAAGACUAAAGUUUCAGGCCUGUGAUUUUCAGUUGCAGAGGUAUCCCUUGAAAGACUUGUGUCCGAACUCUUUUAUUGGCAUCAGAAUUGCAUAAGAAAUGCUGCAAGAAGGAAAAUAAUCUCUUACCAGUGAAACCAACUUCUAGAAGUCCAUUUGUAUGCAUCAAUUUCCCAUUGACCAAUAGUUGCAGCCAGAGGGAAUCUCUUUCCUUCCUCCAUCCAUUUUCAUAACCCUGGAAUUAAACUGGAGAAAAUUCAGUUUCUUUCUAAAUGAAUGAAAUUUGUUCUGAAUCUCUGAUACAUACAUACAAAAGAAUUCACUGAAAGUUCGUCUUUAGACACAAAAAAGUUUUCAUUAUUUAAAUGACCAUCCCAUUAGACUCGUCAGUGCUUUGCGUGUCCCUAAACAAAAGUCAGCAAUAAUGUAUUCCAUAAGUAAUAUUAAUACCAGUUACUCCAUCCAUUUCAUUUGAAUGAGUCAAAGGUGUUUGAAUCACAACUCUACUCAAGUAUUUUUCUCGUCUUUUUUUUUUUUUUUGUCUUUAUCAGUUUUUGUACUCUUUGUCUCUCUCAUUCUCCUUUUUUCAGGAAGCUUUUUGCAAAGAGGGCUAACAUCUACACCAGUGUUUCUUAAAUGUUUUAAGACAGAGAAAUACCAAACAAUUUUUUUUACGAGGACCACCAAGGACUUUUUGUUGAGGAAAAAAAGAGGCCGCAGAAAAGUUAU